CUCCCAGGGCCGGGCACUGACCACCGCAGGCAGCCAGAGGCUCAGGCCAGCUUGGAGAAGGCAAGGCCUGGAGCGCUGGCCCAGGUCGGGAGGAGGGCGGGGGAAAUGGCCUGAGGUAGGCGGCUCUCGGGGGUGGAAACGGUCAAGCAGCCAGAGACCUGGGGCUCUCUCGGAGAGGAGGGAGACCGAGUCACAGAAGGUCCCCGGCCCCUCCUGCCCCAGACCCAGCAGCCCCGGCCGCCCACCCUCGUGCGCCCUCGGACCCGGGCCUGGGAGUCGCCCGCUCCGCUCUUCCCUGCGCAGAUGCCGGGCAGGCAGCCGGAGGAAGGGCAGAUGGAGGCGGGGGCCGCCGAGGACGGCGCGGAGGAGGGCCCGGGGGUCCUCACGGCGGAGGAGCUGCGGCAGGGCCAGGAGGCCGCCCGGGUGCUGGAGGACAUGAUGGCGCUGAGCGUCCAGACGCUCGUCCAAGCCGAGGUGGACGAGCUCUACCAGGACGUGCGCCCCCUGGGCCAGGGCCGCUUCGGCCGCGUCCUGCUGGUCACCCAUCGCCAGAAAGGCACACCCAUGGCACUGAAGCAGCUCCCAAAGGCCUCCACUUCCCUCCGUGGCUUCCUGUAUGAGUUCUGUGUGGGCCUCUCGCUGGGCACGCAUUCGGCCAUCAUCGCUACCUACGGCAUUGGCAUUGAGUCGGCCAGCUCCUACAGCUUCCUGACGGAGCCCAUUCUGCACGGCGACCUCAUCGCCCUCAUCCAGCCCAAGAUAGGCCUCCCUCAGCCGGCAGCCCAGCGCUGUGUGACCCAGCUGGCCUCGGCCCUGGAGCACAUCCACUCCCGCGGCCUGGUCUACCGAGACCUCAAGCCGGAGAACGUGCUGGUGUGUGACCCAGCCUGCCGGCGCGUCAAGCUGACCGACUUUGGCCACACCCGGCCUCGCGGGACCCUGCUCCGCCUGACGGGGCCGCCCAUCCCCUACACGGCCCCUGAGCUCUGCGGCCCACCCCCCCUCCCCGAGGGUCUGCCCAUCCAGCCUGCCCUCGAUGCCUGGGCUCUGGGGGUCCUGCUAUUCUGCGUCCUCACCGGCUACUUCCCCUGGGACCAGCCCGUGGUGGAGGCCGACCCCUUCUACGAGGACUUCCUCAUCUGGCAGGCCUCGGGCCAGCCGCAGGACCGCCCCCAGCCCUGGUUCGGCCUGACGCCAGUGGCAGACACUCUCCUGUGGGGGCUGCUGAACCCUCACCCCAGAAAGAGGAGCCCUGUGGGCUCCGUCAGGGGCUACCUGGGGCAGCCAUGGAGGAAGCGGGGGGAGGAGGCAGAAGAGGUGGAAAGGGGGGAUGCAGAGCACGGAGAGUGAGAAGGGCUGGGAAGCAGAGAGGGCUGGGGGGGUCCGUUCCCCCUUGCUGGGGAGACUCAGAAAGGGAACUUGGCCCCAACCUCAAGGUUUCCUCAGGUCUCGUUGGUGGCUCCAGCUUUCUCUUCUGUCUGUUUUCAUCUGUGUCUUGCUGCGCCCCCUCUCUGGCACUCUUAUCUCUCAUGUCUGCAGCCUGUAUCCCCCCCUUGCUCUGUGGGGGGCCCCCAGACCCCACACAGGUCUGUUCAUACCUGCCCAGAGCCUGGCACUUCCGUGCCCUUUGCCCUGCCUCCUGCUGACCUUCGCUUCGCUCUCACUUCCUCCUGACACCUGCCCUGACUGACCUGCUUCCUCACUUUCUCUACUCUGGUUCCUUUGUGUCCUGGCAUUUAGGCAUUUAUCCCCUACCAACUCAAAG